CAUUUGCGGCCCCGCCAUUGCGCCGACCAUUUCCAGGCCGGUCAGACGGUGAGUGGCCUGUACAAAAUAUUUCUUGGCAAAGACGACGUCACAGGAAAAGUGGUCUACUGCGACAUGGACACAGACGGAGGAGGCUGGACGGUCAUUCAGAGGCGAGGGCAGUUCGGCAACAGGGUUUACUAUUUCUACCGCAACUGGACGGAGUAUGCCACCGGCUUUGGCAACCCUGCCAAAGAAUACUGGCUCGGCAACAGAGCGCUACAUACAUUGACGUCGACUGCAGAAAGCAUGGAGCUGAAGGUUGUUUUGACGAAUCACACCGGUGAAAACAUCUCUGUCCUCUACGAAAGCUCCAAGGUCGGCUCGGAGAAAGGGCACUUCAAUUUGUUGUUGGGAAGAUUCUUCGGUCCUCGUGGCUGGGACUCGCUCUACAAUUGCAACCACAGCAAAUUUUCCACUUUCGACCAGGACCACGACAACGCAGAACGCCACUGUGCUGAGCAGUACCGCGGCGGCUGGUGGUACAACGAUUGUCACGCGGCGAACCUAAACGGUCUCAAUUUGAACGGCCCGCACGACAGCUACGCCGACGGCAUUGAGUGGAGCGUCCGGAAUGGCGUAGGUUCCCUGUACCACUACUCUUAUCCCAGUGUGACGAUGAUGGUACGACCCGUCACACUGAAUAAAAACCACGAGAGUGGGUACCUUUAA